GGGGAAGCGGGUUAGGCGGGCGCAGCGGCUUGCAGCGGCUUGAACCCCGGCUCGGAGCAGCAGCGGCACGGCUUCCGCUGUCCGCGAGCUGAAGACCGUCCGCUCCCUCUCGCCGGCUACGAAUCCUAACCGGGGCGGGGGCCAGCGGCCCCUCCCCUCCCCUCUGAGGACCGAAAAUGAGCUUCCUCUUCAGCAGCCGCUCUUCUAAAACAUUCAAACCAAAGAAGAAUAUCCCUGAAGGGUCUCAUCAGUAUGAACUCUUAAAACACGCAGAGGCAACUUUAGGAAGUGGGAAUCUGAGGCAAGCUGUUAUGUUGCCAGAGGGAGAGGACCUCAAUGAAUGGAUUGCUGUUAAUACUGUGGAUUUCUUUAACCAGAUCAACAUGCUGUAUGGAACUAUUACAGAAUUCUGCACUGAAGCAAGCUGCCCAGUCAUGUCGGCAGGCCCAAGAUAUGAAUAUCACUGGGCAGAUGGUACUAAUAUUAAAAAGCCAAUCAAAUGUUCUGCACCAAAAUACAUUGACUAUUUGAUGACUUGGGUUCAGGAUCAGCUUGAUGAUGAAACUCUCUUUCCUUCUAAGAUUGGUGUCCCAUUUCCCAAAAACUUUAUGUCUGUUGCAAAGACCAUUCUAAAGCGUCUGUUCAGGGUUUAUGCCCAUAUUUAUCACCAGCACUUUGAUUCUGUGAUGCAGUUGCAAGAGGAGGCCCACCUCAACACCUCCUUUAAGCACUUUAUUUUCUUUGUUCAGGAGUUUAAUCUGAUUGAUAGGCGUGAGCUGGCACCUCUUCAGGAAUUAAUUGAGAAGCUUGGAUCAAAAGACAGAUAAAUGUUUCUUCUAGAACACACCCUUUUGCUUCAUCUACUGCUAGAGCUAUCUCAUUGCUAUCUUUUAGAGACUAGUGAUACAAACUUUAAGAAAGCAGGAUAAAAAGAUACCCAUUGUCUGAAUAUACUGAUAAAAUUGUCCCAAAGGUAGGUUGGUGUAAUAGCUUCAGAGUGAGACUUUAAGGGCACAGCCUAAUCUGAGGUACUGUGUGACCAACUGUGUUAUUGUCACAAAGUCAUACUUGGUUGUAAUUAUGUGAUAACUAAUCUGUAGUUUAUUAGUUUACUUAUUAUUCUUUUACUCAAGGAAACAAUUGAGUCUGUUUCAGGUGACUGCAUAAUGGAUAUUAAGAAUCUCCACCAAUAAGUUUCAAGAACAAAUUUUCUUUUCUUUUUUUUUUUCUAAAAGAUGACUGGUAAGGGGAUCUUAACCCUUGACUUGGUGUUGUCAGCACCACACUCUCCGAAGUGAGCUAACCGGCCAUCCCUAUGUGGGAUCUGAACCCAUGGCCUUGGUGUUAGCACCACACUGUCCCAAGUGAGCCACGGGCCAGCCCUAAGAACAAAUUUUCUAAUAAUAUAUCAGUUUUAUUCUGCUUUUAUUUUAUGAAUAGAAUAAGUAUUUUUAAGUUUCUUUAAGAUUUAGAACAUUUUUAUCACUUUGGAUAACCUGUUAGUUUAAAGAUUGUAUGCUGGUGUUUUUAUAGAUAAGAAUAUAUAUGUGUAUUUUUUAAAAAUCCAUGAUUGCAGUUUAAAUCAUCAUAUGGCUUCUGUGGAAUGGGAGUAACCAAAGUUACUUUAUUUUUUAAACUUUUACUUGGGAUUUCGUUCACAUCUGUCUAAAUUAUUAGGAUUGUGUGUGUAUCCGAAUUUUUUUUACAGCUUCUAAGGAUGGUCUUUUAGGUUUUUAUUUUGAAGUGCAUAAUUCGAGUUAAUUUAAAAUAUAGCUCUUGGCUGAGAAAAAGAAAACUUCCAAGAAAUUAUGACAAACUUAGGUCUCACAGCCACUAUUUUCAUGCACAUUGUUUUUCAGAGGCCUUGAAAUACUUGGUAAGAGAAUGGGAGAAAGUACUCAGAGUACUUUAUUAUUUUGUUUCCUUUUUUAAAAAUAUAACUUCUAGGUUUCUAUUGUGACUUGAGAUUUAAGAGUAAUGUAGAAAUGCACAAACUUUAUCCCAGUAAGGAUAAAACUUAAGGAAAACCACAAUAAAAACCCUUGAAGGUGUACACAUUUUUUAGCACAGCUAAAGGUUUGGUGUGCUACCUAUUCUUUAGAGUGAGUGAGAGUGUGUGUGUGUGUGUGUGUUUAAAGAAGACAGAAUGAGAGGAAUAAGUAAAAAAUAUCUUACUUCAUUCUUUUAAUAUUCAAAGGAUGGAUUGAGCCCCUAUAGGGGUUUUAUCCUGUUCUAAUUGCUUUUGUAUCAAAACUUGAAAUUCUUCCAUUUCUAUUGGGAUAAAAGAAUCUUCCCCUUUAGUAAAGAAAACAUUUAUUUUUCAUUUGGUUCCUAGGAUUUAGUAAAUGCUAGUUGAGUAUUUAAAAUGUAUUGAGGUAACAAGUAUACUAGAAGACUUGCCAGACUGGCAGAGGUUUAAAUUCAUCGCUCUCUGUUUCAGAGCUGUGAUUUUUGCAAAGUACUCACCAACCUCCUUGACGGCUUUUUAAAAGGUUAGAUUUGAUAAAGUUCUUUUUUUUUUUUUUUUAUUCCACUAGGCUAUAAAGUAAUUGCUUGAAACUCCAUUUUUAAUAACUCAAUUUAAGUAAAUUCUUAAAUAUGUACAGAAUUUUAAAGGAAAUAAAACUUUUAAUGUAAUUUAGUUGAAACCAUACAUCAUUGUUUGAAGAAUUAAAGAAUGGGAUAAUCACUUAUGAAAAAAAAAAAAGAAAAAUCCCCUUUCAAACAUAGCACAAUCCACAUUUUAAGCUUAUACAAAAGUCCAGAUGUCAGCCAUUCUGUAUGUUUAUGUUGAUCAUUUGUGACAAGAAAGCAGGUUUCUAGAUGUCACCUAGAACAUUACUGCCUCUCAACUUUAAACUGCUGGAUUUAAUUUUUUUUAAGUCUGCAAGGAAUGAAAUUGUUUCUCAAUUAGGAUUGUACUUUCAUCAUUAUUUCUAAUAUUUCAAAUAUUCUCAAACGAAAUUCUCACUUUUCUCCAUUUAUUCUCAGUGACAGAAAUCCUCUCUUUCUUCAUGACUAAGCCCCAAAAUAAGCCAAAGAUGGUCACAUGCUAGGACAUAGUAAAGGCAGCUUAUUAAUGGGACAUUAAUCAAAAAUUUGUUAAUUUGAAAUUCAGUGUCCUUUUUUUAAAAAAAAAAUAAAAACAUUACCAGGUUCCCAAGGCAAUCUGGCUUAACCAACAAUGCACCUAAACAUUGUGUUAACAUUAUUUGUUUACUUCCAAGGCCAGAGAGUCGAAGGCAAGAAGAGAAUUGGAGGAAAGGGAGAGAGGGGAAAGAACAUGUUGCUUUCCUGAUUUGGCUGGAGGGCCAACCUUUGAUAAGAGGUUGAAGAAAUCAGUCUCAUUGACUCCUGGCACUUUUGAUUUCUCUGCCAAUGCCCAGGGUCUGCCAGUUGUUGACAACAUUGACUCUCCUCUCCCCCUCCUAAUCAGAAGUCAUCAUCUCUCAGUGUCUGAUCUCUGCUCCUCAUACAUGAUUACAAUCACAGGGGGAGAGUGCUUGCUAAAUUAUGCGGUUAAUCCCAUGGUGCUUUAAUUUUCAGGCCUUUUUAAAAACGUGGAGAAUGGAUGAUGUGCAGAUUUUUGUUUAAAUAUUCAAACUUCCUUGUACUACAGUUUUUGUAUUGACAGCCAAAUGUAUCUUUUAUUCUUCUUCAGAUUGUGAAUAAAGUGAUUUUAGAGGGGUGCCAGCUAACAAAGUAUUUCCUUUCAUCUUAGACUUGUAGAGUCCUAGCUCAUGUACUUACUUGAGAUGUGCAAAUCUGUAUUCACCAUGACUUUGAUAACAAAGGUAAAGUUUUUCUAGUAGCGCAGAGGUAAGAGACGAUAGUAACUUUUGCAAACAUUGUUGGGGUUUCCUGAUUAUACCACUGGCCUUUUUUUUUGAGCAGUGAGUUAUACUAGAAAGAGAGCUUCUCAAAUGUAACGUCAUUGCCUCGUUAGCUGAAACAAAUCAGGCCCAAAGAGUAUGAGUCCUAGAAAUUUGUUUUAAAGCAGCCCCAGUCAUGGUGCUGGUGCCACCCCUGCCUUGUUAGAGGAGGCUGUCUCCUGCCAGUAUGGAAGCCUGGCCUGAAAGAUGCCACGUAGGUACCAAACACUGAGCAUCUUCAACAGGAACAUUAUUUCCUCCUGAGAUCAGUUCAGUAAGUGGUUUGGUUUCUACUAUUGUAGAAUUCUGGCAAAGAGGGAAAAUAGUAGUCCUUUGAUAUUCCUAUUUUUGCAUUUGAUUUGAUAUUUCAGGCUAUAAAAGGCUUUUGGGGAUGAUAUUACAUGUAGUAGUAGUAAUUUAGUGAAGUAACUGCAUUGACAUUCACUUGGGUUUUCUCUCAUCAAAUUCUAUUCCAAACAGGUAUUCUGUAAAUCCAAAUGGAUUACCAGUGUGCUAUAGACUUAUAGAAUAGACAUUCUCUGUUAGGUCUAUGUUGAAAAUAGUUUGCAUAAGUUAGUCUUGGUUACCAUCUAAAAUAUUUUUAAAUGCUCUACAUAAAAAUUUAUGUUGUAUUUUUAAACGUUUAUGGGGCUUUAUCUAUUUUUCUAAGUCAGUUAAC